GUCAAAUUAACAUUUUUUUUUCUCAAUGUGUUAAUGUAAAUAUUACGCGGAGAGGCGUUCACGCGAACGCGACGUCUCUGCCGCUCGUCUCCGCCCGGAACAAAAAUUCACUGUCAGCCACCCCCCACACGCGCGCGUCCCGCGUCGCAUAUUACGCGUCUACUAGCUUUAUGCCAAACUAGAGCGCGCCGUGCUAAAGAUAGGUCGUUGCAGCGGCGGGAAUCAUCGGGUGUGCAAUGCACACCAAUGCACACCGUGUGCGUCCAUUACCGGCGCAUGCAGGGAGCAAGGGCGACCUUGGCCUUACGCGCGCUUAUAUAACGAGGAAGCGGCAGAUUCGCGAGCUCAGUCGCAUUUCGACGCGGGCCGAACGGAACGCGCAAUUUCCGGAUGCAUUUCUUUUUCUCCCCCUCCCCCGCGUUUCUAUAUCGAUCGCGAUACGAGUCAUUAGAACGCUCUUCGCGCUUUUCGCAAGAGAACAUUACUGCCGAUGUACUGCUAGGACGUUUCCAUCAUCGAUUUUCACGCGCCAACGCGCAGAAACGUUUUCCUUUUUUGCUCGGGUGCAAAAAAAAAACCGCUCGAUUAAAGAGCGGCUGUUUUUUUUUUCGCGUAAUUAAAAGAGCCGUCGCUUAGAGUUAAAAACCGCGGUUCGAUUUUUUCUCCCCUCGCCGCGAGAUCACCGGGUUUCGUUCCGUCGCGAUCGCGAACGGUCGGAAACUUCCACGAGGUCGUUACUGAAAAUGCGAACGACACACACGUGUUGUUGGUAGCCGCGCGAUCGGAAAAAUAUAAGUGCCAUUAAAGGAGCGCGCGCGCGCCGCUCCGACUGAUCGGCUGACCGGCGCGCGGCGGUGGGGAGGAUCUCGCCUGCCGUCGGGAAAAUCAGCGUCUCUUCUUGGCAGAAACGGCGUGUUUAGGCCCGUGGGUGGCGGCGGUGGCGGCAGACCUCGCCGUGGCUCUUCCGCUUUUUUGACAGAUGCGAGCGUCAGUGCCGCGCGACGCGUCGCAGUGCCCAUCGAGUGGCGUCGUGGUCGAGGUCGAGGAACAUUGUUUACGCGGUGCCACGCUCGUCUGCGAUAUCAAGAGAUAUUAGUUUGCUUCGCAUGAUUCUAGGACUGAAACGAUUCCAAGCCACAGAGUGAGAGGGCGAGAUUACGCAAUAUCAAUACGAGUUUUCAGGUGACCCACUGGCGACCGCGAUCACGAGGAAGGAUGGCCAUCAAUUCAUUAUUACUGCUUUGGGCGUUGGUCGGCCUAAUUGGCCGAGUGCACGGCAAAUGCAGCUUAGCGCCGAUCGCCGACAACGAUCGGUCGAUCGCCUACGCGUGCAUCCACGGCGACCUGGGCGACCUCGACGAGCUCUCCAGCGAGACCGAGUGGAUCGAGUUCUCGGUGUCGCGCUUCCACGCGAUCCCCAACGACGCGUUCCGCCGAUUCCCGCAUCUGCGCCGCCUGUCCUUCUACAAUUGCCACAUAAACGCGAUCGAACCCGAGGCAUUUCGCGGCCUGCAACGGCUCGACUGGCUGAUAUUCCACGGCACGAGGAUCCACGCGGUGAGGGCCGCGUGGUUCCGUCACCUGCCGCACCUCAGACGACUGGUCCUGGACAGAUGCGGCCUGGUGCACGUCGAGCCCGACGUUUUUCGCAUGUUACCGCGACUGGAGACCCUGGACUUGCGCGACAAUGACCUCGAUUGUCUGUCGGUGGAGGAGCUGUCGCAUCUGACCGCGCUCAGGACCGUGCGCAUCGACGGUAACCCGUGGCUGUGCGAGUGCCGCAUCAGAAUGGACAAGUUCUUUCGCGAGAGAUCGAUCAUCCAGGAGAUAGAGUGCAGAUUUCGACCGAAGGUCUGCCUCAUGCGCCGAAAUCCACAGUGCAUGACACAGAUCGAAAUCCCGCUUCUGCCUCCGACGAUAACCAUCGAGCCGAUAGGAGGUGGUCUCCAGGAACGUCCCGGCCACCGUUUCCAGACGAGCGCGCUGACGUCGCUGGACCGUCUGCCAGACCGGACGACGUGGAUUCAGAUCACGGGGCUGCAGAUCGAACGUCUGCCCGCGUACGCGUUCUUCCGCUUCGGCAACAGCUUGCGCAGCCUGGAUCUGCGCGAUUGCUCGAUCGGCGCGAUCGAGCCGGGCGCGUUCGCCGGUCUGCAUCAGCUGCAACGGCUCACGCUCGUCGGCAACCGGCUGCCCGCGGUCGCCGCCCAUUGGUUCGGCGAUCUCGUCGCGCUCCGCCAAUUGGUGCUCGUGCGCAACGGCAUCGAGCGCGUCGAGCAUGGCGCGCUGCGCCCCCUCGCCGGCAGCCUGCAGCAGCUGGACCUGCGUUACAAUCGGCUGCGUUGCCUACCGUUGGACGAGCUGGCGCAUCUGCGGCACCUCGAGCGGCUCGAGAUCCUCGGUAACCCGUGGUACUGCGACUGCCGCAGGAAUCUGCAGAGUUACCUGACGAACCGCAACGUCGGCUUCGAGAUCGCCGGUCGCUGUUACGACACGGACGAAGUCCUUGAACCGGGCGACAGAUGGCAGCACCCGCACACCGACCUGACAACCUCGGUUGGCCAUGUGUAUUGGACCACUUUUGAUGACACUCUGAGCCAGAGAAACAUCACCGUGAUAAAGCCGAUCAUUGAAAUUCCCACAGAGAGACCGCCGGUCCACAGAGGUACCUGUGUUCGAGAUAAGACCAAAUUGUCGUUACAGAUUUACACUUGUAGCGGCAUCACCUCGCUCAGCGAAUUGGACGUCUUACCUCAGUCAGCCCACACCAUCCGCAUCGUCCUCUCGAAUCUGAAGACGAUCCCGACACGAGCGUUCAGCCGUUUCAACGGCUGGUUGUCCCGGCUGGAAUUACGCGACUCCGCUGUCGAGACAAUCGAGUAUCGCGCAUUUAUUGAUCUAUAUAAUUUGGAGCAGUUGUCGCUGCACGGCAAUCAGCUGAAAACGGUGACCCCCGAGGCGAUGGAAGGCCUGACGAAUCUGCAACAUCUGGACCUCUCGCGCAAUCACAUCUAUCGGAUUCCCAAUGAGUUAUUCAACACUCUGCCGCAUCUGCAUAGUCUUGACAUAUCCGAGAAUUAUAUGAAUUGCCUCGGCGUGGAAUACAUGGCGCGCAAGAUGCCGAAUCUGUUUUCCCUCAAGGUAUCGGGCAACCCGUGGAGUUGUCUGUGCGGUACCAAGCUGGCCAGCUUCCUGGACUCUCGCAGGAUACCGUACGAUCGCCACUCCUUGUUCGAGGUGAACGACGACUGUUACGUCACCGGAUUACCACCGACGCCUUCCACAACGGCGGUGUCCAUCCCGUGGACCACCACGACCGAGCCCCCCUCGUUCGGCCUCUACAACGAGACCCUCGAGGGCUCUUGCUUCAAGAUUAACGGGUCCACGGAACCACGGUAUCGUUGCGUGGGUGGUAAUCUGCUGUUGCUGAAGAACGUACCACGCGACGCCGUUUCCAUCGAAUUCCAAAAGGGUCAUUUGUCCGUCCUUCCGGUUAACUCUCUCUACGGUUUCCGAAACCUGCAGGAGCUAAUCAUCAGGAACUGCGGCCUGAGAACGAUUACGCCCGGUGCUUUCAGGGGUCUGGAUUCUUUGGAACGGCUCACCAUUCAGGAUAAUCCGCUGACGUCGGUCGAGGCUGACUGGUUCGAUAUAGAACGUCUCGAGCGGCUGGAUCUACGCGGCAACUCGAUCCGCUACAUUGCACCGGGCGCCUUCAGCAAGCUGCACAAGCUGGUCUAUCUGAACCUCGAGGGCAACGAUCUGCAGUGCAUUUUCACGAGCGAUUUUCAGAAUAUGCCGAAUCUACAUAUCGUCGAGUUUACCGGCAAUCCACUCAAGUGGCGCUGCCGCAUGGACCUGGAGCAGUUUCUUGAAACGCAAAAGAUCAAGUUCAUUAAGGUGGAGAACUCGUGCGAGGGCAAGAAGAUUAUGAGAAACCUUCUCUAUGAAAAUCGAACCGUUGAGCCGGAUUGUCCGCCAGAAUGCUCGACGGCAAGCAACGUAGAACUGGAAAAGAGCUUGACAUUAUUUUUGGCAUUUGCAUUAUUCUUUGCGGUACGGAUGCGUUAAUCGUUCAACGAAUAAAGGCAAAAGUUAUAAGGCCAGAAUGAAGAUUUUCGAAGACUCUGUCUUAUCAAUAGACGAGACAGUUUUACAAGUUUAUCCAUCGUUGGAUCAAAAAUCACGUUCGGAUGAUAAAUAACAAUGUUUCGAUAAAAUAUACAGAUAAGAGUGAUUUCGAUCAAUAGAUAGAUUUGAAAGCAAAGCUGCUUCUGCAGUAAGCAAGGAUUUGGUAUUGUUAAUGUUGUCAAUUCAAUGUGUUCAUAUAUCGCGAAAGCGCUUAUAACUAAUAAAUACAUAUAUUUAUUUUUGCGAAUGCAUAUAUAUUAAACUUAAACUUCGAAGUAACUAAUGUAUAAAUUAGAUAAUAUCGUACAUAGGACAACGCUUGUCGAUCUCUAGAUACUUCGUUAGAUUGCUUAGAUCGUUAGUACCUGUUUGUCGCACGCAGCACAAUUUACGGACGUCGUUGUCACAUCAGAUACAUCACGAUGGGAAUGGAAUCCCAAGUAUCGAUAAUUAAUUAUUUGCAAGACUUCAGAGUAACUUCGAUUAAAUUUUAAUUAACUUAAUUAACAUUUAAUAUUAAUAUAACUGACAAGAUUGCUUGAAAUUUUAAUUACAUAAUUUGUUAACUAAUUUAAUCUUUUUUUUCAUGUGUUAAACAAAACAUUAACAAUUCUGUUUGUAAUAAAAUAUAUUACAGAUAUAUUAUUUAUGAUAAAUUGAUUAACCAAGUUAAGCGAACAGAACUGCUUGAAGCAAAGUUUUUAACGAUAAAAAAUUAAUAAUUUUAUUUGUAUUAAUAAAAUAGAUUACUUAAUAAAUUGAUCAUCGAUUAAAUCUAUGAAAAAAUCUAUGAAAUCUUUUGAAAAAAUUACUUGAAAUAAAAAUUUUAAUUAUAUAAUUCGUUUCUUAAUUUAAUUCUCUUUUUAGGCGUUAAUUAUAAUAAUUUUAUCCAUUUAAUGAAUAAUUAAGUUAAUCAGAAUUUGAUUGAACUCUCAUAUUGCUGACAGAGAUCAUCAUUAUAAUAUAAACGAGGAAUUCAGAGGAAUGUGAACAAAAAAAGUUACAUUAGGCAUUGCAUUAUAUUAUAAUUAUAUGUCUACGGCAGCAAACAUUCACGUGCCAUAAAGAUUUGUACUAGUGCGACGCUAAAAGUACUUUUUACCUGUGUUCAUUUAUAAUAUUUAUAUUAAUAUAAAAGGAAUGAAUUGUACAUAAUAUAUUUACUGUCAAGAUUGUAACGACAUUUGCUACUAAAGAUGAGUCUUAAUAAAGAUUUAUUUUGUGCAAAAUUUA